AUGCCUCAGCCGCAAUCUCGUCCGCGGUCGGUACUGCCGAAUAUCUCGUUGCCCAAGUUCUCCGGGGCCUUUUCAGADUGGAGGCCUUUCGAGGAAUUACUUUUCUCCAUGGUCAAAGACAAUCCGGACCUCUCACAGGUUGAGAAAAUGCAAUACUUGAGGACCAGCCUAGAGGGAGAGGCAGCUAAGGUGGUAGCCAACUUGAAACUAUCUGCAGAUUCCUUCGCGAUCGCAUGGAAUCGGUUGUCGGCCAGGCAAAAGGACUUCUCAACGGCCAACAUCACUACCCAUAAGGUCCUAUGCCAGGGCCUUGAACGUGAAGGCUGUGGCUUCUACGCCUGCGAAGACAACCUAAACGCCUGCGAAGACAUCUCAAACGCCCGGAUCAUCUCAUCAGAGGCACUAUAUCGCGUUCUGUCCUCAGUUCAAGUGCCUCAAUCAGCAGAAGAAGGAGAAAGUGGUGGCGGAGUCACGCCUGUGCUACAACUGCCAAGGCAGCCACCUCAAGAACAUCUCCUCCAGCAACAAGGUCAUCGCCGCUACGCUCAAGGUCUUCAAGCUCCCUCUCAGAGACUACACGGACAUCGCAGAGAGUCUCGUCUUUGCAGAGCUCACUGGUAUCUUCAGAUAGGAGAUAUCGAUCGUUUGUCUAAUCCAUCGCUUUCAACGUGCUCUCGAGCUCCAGUACUCCUUGCUACUUGUAAAGCUUUUGCCAUAUCUUCAAAUGGAUCGCCUAAAUUAGUACGUCUUCUCAUUGAUCCUGGAUCAGGGAUGACAUUAGUUUCUUUUAAAAUCAUAGCUAAGCUAAAGCUUAGCCGUUUUACAGGAAACAUUCCUAUUCAGGUUGUGAGCAGUACAUCUCCAGGAGCGACCCAAAGUCAAGUGUCCUUGGUCCUCCAAUCGACAUACUCGUCGUCCCGGGUUCGUCUUAAGGCAUUCAUUUUGCCAAAGAUCACAUCUCAGUUGCCGUCGUCUGUAAUAUCGGAGCAAGACUGGCCUCAUCUCAGAUCUCUUAGAUUAGCUGAUCCUGACUUUCUCACUUCAGAUCACAUUGACAUUCUCGUUAAUGCUGAUAAUCUCAGACGAGUUCUUAAAUCCUCUCGCCUUGUUAUGGGGGGCGACUCAGAGCCUAUAGCCUUCCACACGAGGUACGGUUGGGCAGUUAUAGGCGCAACAUUCAGCCCGAGCCAGGUUCAGGAAGAAGUCCCAUCUUACCCCGCGUCGACUUUGAGUCUUGCUGAAUCGCAAUGCGAGCAGCACUUUGUUGAUACGCACUCUCAAUUGCCAACUGGUCGUUACAUGGUUCGUCUGCCAUUCUCGAAAGACAUAUCCACCUUAGGGCAUUCACGGUCUCUUGCCAUGACAUGCCUUGAAAGACUUCUCAAGAGAUUCGAAACCGAUAGGCAUUUCAAGGAGACCUCCACUGAUUUCGUUAAAGAGUAUGAGUCCUUAGGACAUAUGGUUGCUGUUCCUUUCGAUGCUCCCGAGCCAUCUCGGGCGUUUUAUCUCCCGCAUGACGGAGUUUGGCGCGAGCAAAGUUCCUCCACCAAACUGCGAGUGGUAUUUAACGGUUCAGCCAAGUCUUCUUCCGGUAUCUCUCUCAAUGAUCUCAUGCACACUGGUCCGAAGACUCAAACGGACAUUUUCGAUGCAUAUCAGCUUAUGUCUAUCACGUAUGGUGCUCGCUCGGCUGCAUAUCUAGCCUGUCGCAUUCUCAGACAGCUAGUUGAAGGUGAAGGUCAUAAUUAUCCUCUUGCAAUCAAUCCUAUUUUCAAGAGAAGCUAUGUUGACGACAUAUCAGGGGAGGCAGAGACCAUUGAUCAUCUCAAUGCAGUCGCAUCUCACUCUACCAAGAUCUUAGGUAACUCCUGGAAUUCUCAGAAAGAUGUGUUUACCUUUAACGGUACCAUCUCUUUCAACCAGGCGGUCACUAAACGUAUCAUUCUCUCAGAAGUUGCUCAAUUGUUCGAUCCUCUUCGACUCCUCUCUCCAGUAGUGAUCAAAGCAAAAAUUCUCAUGCAGCAACUCUGGUUAGAAAAGGUUCGCUGGGAUGAUCAUUUCACUCCAGACAUCAUUUACGAGUGGUCUCAGUUCAGGCAACAUCUCUCUCAGCUAUCAGUCAUAGAGACUCCCCGAUGGAUAAACCUCUCGUCAAGGGGCACCUCAAUACAGGUUCAUGGCUUCUCAGACGCCUCUAUACUUGCUAUGGCAGCAGUUGUAUAUCUCAGGGUGUCGUAUGCUGACUCAUCUUUAGUAGUCAGUCUAGUUUGUUCUAAGACGAAAGUAGCUCCUCUCAAGAGGUUGACAAUUCCUAAACUUGAACUCUCAGCAGCGGCUCUGCUAGCCAAGCUGACGGGAAAAGUGAUUAAACUUCUCGACCUCUCGGAAGUUAUCACUUUUCUGUGGUAUGUCUCUUCUGUGACCCUUGCAUGGGUCAAAAAUAAUCCUAUGAGAUGGAGGGAACUCGUAAGCAAUAGAGUAGCUGCUAUUCAUCAGUCGGUACCCCAUGCUCAUUGGAGAUUUAUCUCCGGAAAGCUCAAUCCAGCUGACUGUGCAUCUCGUGGGUUUAGUGCAUCCCAACUCAUUGAUCACCAACUAUGGUGGAGUGGUCCACUAUGGCUUUUUCAGCCGCCAGAAUUUUGGCCGUCCUUGUCCGCAUCGCCUUUGAAUCCAGCGGAUCCGGAGAAGGCUAAAACGUGCUGGAUACGCACGACUCAAGAGGCGUAUUUCUCUCCAGAAUUAAGAACUUUGUCAGCAGGCCAAUCUCUUCACACACAUCACGUUCUGACGCGACUUACGGCCUUUGUCGAUCGUGCUGGAUUUCUCAGGAUUGGUGGACGGUUGCAGAAUUCUCAGCUGGAUGAGGAUAGUAAACAUCCAGCAAUACUUCCUCGCCAGUCAAAAUUCACCGACCUAUUCAUCUCCGAUGCUCACGCCAGAACCAUGCAUGGAGGAACUCAGCUCACACUCUCCUACAUUCGAAGGACCUUCUGGAAUAUUGGAGGUCGUGCUCCAGUGAAGUCCUUCCUCAAAGAUUGUCUCACUUGUGCUCGAAUACGUGUAGUAAGAGCUCAAAAACUUAUGGCUCUACUACCGGCAUCUUGUGUUCGAGACUACAGGGCUUGA